CGCUUACACAAAUGCGCUCUCUCUCGCUUGAUGUCAAAUACUAGAACAUUUCAAUGUUUAUCGUGUGCGAGAAUAAUGUCAGUGUAAUUAAAAUGCUUAAAUUGAAUGAUGUUUGUUGCAGUAAAACUUGAAAUAAAAUUCGAAAAAUACAGUGCAUUACAUUCAUGUCCUGCAAUGAAUGAAGUUGAUGUUUUCGUGUGCCCAUCCAGAUUGGUGCAAUUCUAAAGUGAUGAAUCGUUGUGCGGACACAAAAUAUAACCAUUUGAUGAAUAUUUUCUUUCUAAUAUAUGCAUAUAAUAUUUUUUUUGUUCGUUUCUUUUAUGGGUUUGUGUGUCAGUGACGCGAAAUCUUUUUACUACUUUCUCUAAAAAAGCCCGUAUUAAAUGCGAUUGUAUUUAAUGGAAAUCAAACGGAUGUAAAACUUUCAAUCAAAAAUGCGCGACAUAAUUUUCCGAAUUUUUGUGUGUUUGCCCUGUGUUAUUUAGUUUAGUUAAAUCCACGUAUGUGUCGUGCGAUAAAUAACUAUUUUGCGGGAAAAAGAAAAUAAUAGUCAAUAUAUAUAGUGUGUGUGUACGAGUUUUUGUGUUUCAUUCUUCAGUGUUUAGUUGAAAGAGUCAUGACAGGAUAUGGUUAGAGAGCGUAGAUUAUUGCUGUUGUAAAUAUGGAAACGGGUGAAAAUUCAGUUUUAAAUUUAAUUGAGAAAAGCUCAACUAGUUUAACCAAUAAUAACAUUGGUACAAUACAAAUAAAUGGCACCACAGUGACUGAGGACGAUCACAGUGCAAUUUACAAGGAUAUUUCGGAAUUUGUUGUUUCAAAUGAAUUAGAAAACAACUUCAACAACGAACUACUGACAAAGAAGAAGCCAAACGUCUUCGAAUUAAUUGGCGGCGGCGGCGGCGGCGGCAGCAGCAAUAAAAACUGUGAUAGUGAAUCAAAUGAUGAUUGCGAUAAAAAAACAAUUUUGAAUAAUAACGAUGUGACCAUUGGAUUUGUUGACGACGAUGACGAUGUGGUCGACGGGACAAAACACGGCGCUGGUAUGGACGGCGACACAACCACUUUUAAUCAUUGCAAUUCGGAUGAAGCCACAAAAGGACAUGAAAAUAACAUCGAUAACAUUAUUUCUGGAGCGAACGUUGCUCCGGAUUUAGCUGUUGAGAUAGAAAAUAAUGUACCAUCGACUGAAUCUCAUGUGAAUGGAGUGUGUUCGUCUGCAUCGUCAUUAACACCGUGUUCGGGCGUUCGCCGUAAAUCGAACACCCAAUCACCAGCAGGAAAAUCAAAUGUUGAAACAAAUGCGCAAUUCAAUGAAACAUCCAGUACGGGUAGUGGAACCAAAAAGAAAAUACGCCCAAAUUCAACAGCAUCAAAAACGUCACCAAAUCGAUCCGAUUACUGUAGUAUUUGGACGGCGAGACAAAGUUUCGAGACAAGUAUCGAUGACAGUCAAUCAAAUGACAAUGGUGGUGCACCACCGUUGCCGCCACGAAAUAAUAAUGCUAGUCAAUUGCAUCGGCCACUAGAACGAUCGUGGCCACCACGCGUUUCACGUUUCAAUAAACCGGUUGUAAAUGAAAAUGUUUUUCAAUUUGAUAUCAUUGAUACGGACGAUCCGGUCAAUAGUGUUCAUGAUGUGGUGCCCGAUUUUCAACGUGUCGAUUUCAUUCCGGGUGAAUUUUUUGAAAAUGGUUUGAAACACAAAGAUAUCCGUGGUGAAGAAUGUGCGCCAUUAGCUACACCCGAAACGGAUGGCAGCUCCGAAGCAGCUAUAUUGAAAGUGUGCGGCGCAGCAAAAACGCCAGAAAAUGUGAUAAAACCAUUAUUGAAAAAGAAAAUUGGCGCUGACAAUUACAUCAGUACAAAAUUAACGCAAAAAGUUGCCGCAACCUCUGCGGCCGCUGCUGUUGCUGCCACAUCAACAGCACCACCGAAAAUAUUCGAUUUUCCAACGAAUAAUAAUGAAGGAGCCAGCUCAAUGAGUAAUCUAGUCACAAAUCACAAUACACAAAAUGAUUCGGAGCAAACGCCUUGCGAAAUAAUACCAUUAAAACCGCAUAAACCAUUAUCGCGACAAUUAUCAGCAAAUAAUGCUCAAACAUCAUCGUUCGAUUCAUCGAACGAUAGUCCAAGGUAUGCAACAAUGAACAAUCAUGAUGGUGAAGUGAAUCGUCAUUUUACAUUAUGCCGAAGGCCAUCGUUGCGAUCGCCAAGACAACGAAGUCCACCGUCUGGAUCGUCAACGCGUUCGGUAUCGCCGCUUGAACUUGCGUCAUCUUCAACCGAAGGAGCCGCAUCACCAUUAGCUCAAAUGAACACAACUAAGUUUACACGACACAGUAGAUCACUAACACGAACUAGCGAUAGAAGCGCACAUAAUGUCAAUUCAAUUAAUAACAAUGGUCUUAUUUGUCCACCGACACCAACGCAUCAUGCUCGACGCUUUCGUUCGCUUUCACUUAGCUUAGGAGCACCGGAACUACGAUCAAGAGAUAGAUUUUUAAUGGAUAAUCCAUUAACCGAUAUGCGACAGCCAAAUCUCAUUAACGAAAUGCGUGAAAAUGGCGAAGGAAAUGAAGGUUCGACAUCAUUAACACAUUUAACAAGUACACGAUUACCAUCGAUACCUGAACGAGCUCGACCCAUUCAACAAUCAACAACUGACGAAGAGUUACCCGGUUCGUGGGAAGCUCGAAUGGAUUCACAGGGUCGAAUAUUUUACAUAGAUCAUACAACACGCACAACCAGUUGGCAACGACCAGGUGGUUCAAGUGGACCAAUUUUCGGAAGUGGUCGCGAACAACAUCGUCAACAAUUGGAGCGACGAUAUCAAUCAAUUCGACGUACAAUUACAAAUGAACGAAAUGACAUGGUUUCAGCGAACGGUUCGCCACGAAUGGAUGGAACAGAUUCAUCGGAUAAUGAUUUACAUCCAGCCGUUAAACUAUUGUGUCGGCCGGAUUUUUAUUCAAAAUUACACACAAACGAAGAGGCAUUGAUUGUUUAUAAUCGAAAUGCGGCAUUAAAGCACAUGAUUUUACGCAUAAGACGCGAUGUUAAUUGUUUUGAACGAUAUCAAUACAAUAAGGAUUUGGUUAGUUUGGUUAAUUGUUUUGCAAUUCUUGAUCGUGAAUUGCCCAGUGGAUGGGAAUCAAAACUUGAUUCGACGAGCAAACAAUUUUUUAUCGAUCACACAAAUCGAAGAACAUCAUUUAUGGAUCCUCGUUUACCGAUUGAUUGUCCACGCAUACGUCAUUUACAACAGCAAAUUGAAGCACCAAUGCCACCGCCACGACCUGCACUUAUGCCACGGCCACCGACCAGCUCACCGGAAAUACCCAUUGCUUAUAAUGAUAAGGUGGUUGCAUUCUUGAGGCAACCGAAUAUUUUGGAAAUCCUUAAAGAACGACAUGGACAGUCAGCCGUAUCGAGAUCACUUCGUGAAAAAAUUAAUGCUGUACGCGUCGAAGGGACCACCGCACUUGAGCGAUUGAGUCAUGAUUUACAAUUGACAAUUUUAUUGAGUCUUUUCGAACAAGAGAUAAUGAGCUAUGUUCCUGUACAGGCGAGAAGUCCUCAAGGUUCACCAAAUUUGAAUACAAAUCGCAUCGCCCAACGAGCACCGCCACCAUUCCGACGUGAUUUUGAAGCAAAACUUCGCAGUUUUUAUCGCAAAUUAGAGUCGAAGGGAUUUGGCCAGGGACCACAUAAAUUGAAGCUUCACAUUCGUCGGUCGAAUUUACUGGAAGAUGCAUUCCGACGCAUAAUGUCAGCAAAUAAGAAAGACUUGCAGCGUGGACGACUGGCGGUUAUUUGGGAUACAGAGGAAGGUUUAGACUACGGUGGCCCAUCUCGUGAAUUUUUCUUCUUGUUAUCACGUGAAUUAUUCAAUCCAUAUUAUGGAUUGUUUGAGUAUUCUGCUAACGAUACAUACACGGUGCAGGUGUCACCUUUGUCAGCAUUUGUUGACAAUUGUCACGAUUGGUUCCGUUUCAGUGGUCGAGUGUUGGGACUUGCAUUAGUUCAUCAGUAUUUGCUUGAUGCUUUCUUUACAAGACCGUUUUACAAAGCCCUGUUGAAGUACCAAGUGUCACUUAGCGACUUGGAGUCAUUAGACAUGGAAUUCCAUCAGUCGUUGCAAUGGUUGCGCGACAAUGACAUUGGAACGGGCAGUUCGUUGGGAUUAACAUUCAGUGUUACUGAAGAGUUAUUAGGACGCGUUGUUGAGCGUGAAUUGAAACCGGGCGGAAAAUCAAUCGUAGUAAACGAACGAAAUAAGAAAGAAUAUUUGGAGAGAAUGGUAAAAUGGCGAUUGGAGCGUGGCGUACAAGAGCAAACUGAAUCUCUUGUAAGAGGUUUCUAUGAGGUUGUUGAUCCACGACUUGUGUCUGUAUUUGAUGCCCGUGAGCUUGAAUUGGUAAUCGCUGGUACGGCCGAAAUCGAUAUAAACGAUUGGCGCAGUAAUACGGAAUAUCGAAGUGGUUACCACGAUCAUCAUCAGGUGAUUAUUUGGUUCUGGCAAGUCAUCGAGAAAUUUACAAAUGAACAAAGGCUGCGCUUGCUUCAAUUUGUCACUGGUACUUCAUCGAUUCCGUACGAAGGAUUUUCGGCGUUACGUGGUUCGACGGGACCGAGACGAUUCUGCAUUGAAAAAUGGGGAAAGGCUUAUGCACUGCCACGUGCACAUACAUGUUUUAAUCGUUUAGAUUUGCCGCCGUAUCAAUCGUUAAAUAUUUUACACGAAAAAUUAUUGCUUGCAGUAGAAGAGACAAAUACAUUUGGAAUAGAAUAAUCUGAAUUAACGAACGACUUUUGGAGUGUUCCAAAUGGUGUUUUUUUUUUGUACUCACAGACACCAAAUAUGGAGUUACCGUUGUUAUUAGCAGUGAAGGUCAAACGUGACCUAAACAAAGAAAUAUUUUUUUUACCAAUUUUUCACGCUUGUAAAUGUCCCGUGUGGUAGUUUUCUUUUUUCUAAGAACUUAUUUACGGUUCUGCUGCAGUAGCGCAACGCGAACGAAAUUAUUUAUUCGGAAAAAUAUAAGGGACUCGUCGUUUUAGAAAUUGAGUGUUAAAUUUUUAGAUAUAAGCUUUCGUGAUUUUCAUUUUGGCCAGACAGUUUAGAAUAAGACUUUUUAAACAUAAGUCAUACUCUUAGAAAAUACAGAUGACAAAAUCAAAAGUAAACUGAAGCGAAAUCGCAUUUUUUCAUACAUGACAACAUACAGUGAUUAGAACCCAUUAUUUGAUCUGAAGGAAACUGUUACUACUUUUGAUUUUGUCAUCUGUAUUUUCUAACAGUGAUGGGCACAUUAGCUGGAUAAUUUGCCACAAAUGUAUACACUGGCUAACGAAUGUGUAAACCAGCACUAAUAUAUACACUGAGUUGUAUGUCACUCAUAAACGUCAGCGAAUGUCGUACGUAGUCACACAGAUACAUACACUAGUUGUUAGUAUAAGCCAAGGCUAACCGAUUAAAUGCAAAAAAUCGAAAAUCGGGAUGUAACAUAUUUGAACGUUUACUGGUAAGACAAUGCUGGCAAACGAGAAACCAUCACUGUUUUCUAAGAGUAGCGAUGAAAAGCUUCUCCUGAAAAAUUGCAAAUAAUACAUGUCAUAUGAGUCGCACUAAAUUCAUGAUUCAUUUGUCUCCGUUUGUCGCAAUUUUUCUAACAAAAUUCUGCCAUCGGUAUUAAUCUAAUUGUGCUAUGAACCGCAUCACCGGGAGCGGUAUUAAUCUCAUUGUUGAUGAAACUUGAACAAAAUAUGGAAUGGAAUUCAAUAGGAAUGAAGCACAAGAGUUCUACACUUUGCAAACAAAUUUUUUUUACACUUAGCUUUACGUAGUGUAUUUAUAUUCAAUUAAGUCAAUUGAACA